CCGACACUCAGUGCUGACCACAUAAAUUAAAUAUUAUUCCUGCACUUAAUUACCCUUAAUUAACAUUUAAAGUCAGUCGUCUAAUUAUCCAUAGUAUUUAUUUAUUUAUUUAUAUGCUUCCAGAAUCUUCAUAUAUCCAGAAUAUUUUAGUUUCUAAAUAAAUUUAUAUAUAUAAUUCUAUUUAUAUAUGCUUCCGGCCUCCUUCCUCCUCAAAUAUCUCACCGUCUCUCUUUCUCCGUUGGUAUUUUGGAGCACAGAGAUCAAAACUUCAACAAAUAUUUCAGAGAGAGAAAGAGAGAGAGAGAAAAACCCAAAUAACAACCACCGGCUUUACAAAUUAAACAUUUUCUAUAAUUUGAAAGAAAAUCUUUUAUCCAGAAUUAAAAUUUAAAAUCAAUCAAAGAGCUCAGCUUUAGCACCUGAUCGAUCGAAUCGAACCGUGUCGAGUCGAGUCGAAUCCGUCUUCAAUGGACGCCGAGUUCUGGACCUCCCGCCUCGCCGCCGCCAAACGCCAGUACACGCUGCAGCACCACCACCAGAGCUCCCACUUCGAUCGGUUAAGCAUCGAUGAUUUCGAGGUAGAAGACGAUGUCCGACCCGACUUCCCGUGCCCGUAUUGCUACGAGGACUUCGACAUCGCGUCCUUGUGCUCCCAUCUCGAAGACGAGCACUCCUGCGAAUCUAAAACCACCGUUUGUCCCAUUUGCUCCGUUAAAGUUGCACGAGACAUGUUCAGUCAUAUCACACUGCAGCACGGACACUUGUUCAAGUUGCAGAGAUGUCGCAGAUUGCGUAGAGUUGCUGUUCCUAAUAGUCAGGCGCUGUCUCUCCUUGGACGGGAUCUUCGUGAGGCGCAUCUCCAGGUGCUUCUAGGGAGCGGUGGAUAUCGAUCAGAAAAUGCCAACGUGUCUAAUGCAGCAGCAACCGAUCCAUUCCUGUCAUCACUUAUUUUAAAUUUCCCUGCAUCAGGAGCGGAUGAAAUUUCAAAAUCUGUGGUAACCACUAAUGAGGACAGUUCCGCAAAGAAUGCGGUGCCAUCUCAUAUUUGGAAAUCAAGUUUUGAUCCUUCCUUAAGUUAUGAAGAGCGGGAGAAAAGGAUUCGACAAGCUACUGGAAGAGCUGGUUUCAUGCAAGAUCUGUUUCUCUCAACACUGUUGGGUGACUAAUUGGAGACAGUAAGUUAUUCAAAAUCUUGUUAAGGGGAACUUGUAUGAGCGUAGCUAUGAGUGCUUGAUCAAAAUAACGUGUCUAUUGUUUGCGUUUUGAAGUAAUAUUCGUUGUUUUAGUUAAUGGAGAAGAUUAAUUUAUGAUAUAGUUUACGGCUUUGUACAUGAUAAACGGGUGAAUGAAGUUAUUCAGCAGAUAAAUUCAGUUCUGAAUCUUCUGAUCACCAAGGAAGACUUUCACUGCAUUCUGUUGUUGAAUCUAGUAUCAUCGAAAAUUUCUACAUCGGCUGGUAUGGCAAGUUCUUGAAUGUAA